AGCGGCGGCGCCGUUGGGCGGGAGGGGUUGAGAGUCCCCGAGUCUCUUGGUUUCCUUUUACACAGAGGUGGAGUCAUGGGACCGGAGAGAUAGGGGAUGGUCUUGCUGAGACUGCUUAUUAAUAAAUAGCUGUACAUAUCCAUCUGGUUUCACAAAACGUAGAAAAGACAGCUUGUACCUUGAAGGGCUUGCAGUCUGCUACAGACAAGACAAAGACUCUGUUGCUAUUUAUCUCUUCUUACACUAGGAUGAGUGUUUCAAAUGUCACUUGUGAUGUGCUGUUACUUGUAGAAUUUAUGCUCAUACUCAAUUAUUAGUCUCUACUUCCUCUGUCACUUCUGUUUGUGUUUUUGUUUAAGCAUCUGCAAUUAUAACUUUUUAUGGAAAGAUUUAAAAACCAAUCUGGUGCUCUGCUGGUUACAUUAGUGAAAGCAGAUUAAUUUUCACUAAUCUUUCCAGCGCAUUUCCUCUUCUGCAUUGAUUUCAGUCCACUCAGGGAGGUAUGUGAAGGUAGCAGAAAGAACUGUAGUUGGUGGCUGGGUUUGCUUCUAUGCAGAUUUCUUUAUCCAGUUGCUUGCACAUUAAAUUCAGGUAACUUACAUUUUGUGCUUUGUGUACUUAACAUUUUUUUGAAAGGCAGAGAUCAAUGUCAGUAGACUUUUUUAAAGUCUCUAACCCUGGAAACCAUUACACUUGUCUCUCUUCUCAUCUAAUUUUAUCUCUGCCUUGAAAAGCGUUUGGAAGGAUUUUCCAUUCAGAAGUGUCAGAUGGCCAACUGCUAUAUUUUCACACCUUUGGAGGGCUUGUGUGACUUCUCCAAUUUAAUACUAACUUUCACAAUUCAGAUUGUUCAUAAUGAAAUCAGUGUUUUGGGAGUCUGUCCUUUGAGAAGAUGGAAAUGGAUGAGUAAAAGAUGCAGGUGCCUGUUUAAUGGCUACUUUUGAGUAGUCUUGAUAGUUUCAAGUUCAGACUUCAAAAUAGGUACAAACAAAUUGUAUGUCAAAGAAUAAUUGUGAAGCAGACUGUUGUAACAUUGGUAGUUAUUUUAGUGAGAUCUGACAAACAUUUUUAUUAUAAAACAGGAUGGUGGAAACUGACCCCUCUAGAAGGUUUUUCUUCUUACAGAUUAGUAGUCUAUUUUUGGGUUACAAGCUGAUUUUAACAAAUGAAUACAUUUGGAAUAUGCUUUAAUCCAGUAUUUCUCAACCUAUUCACCAUUGUGGGCCACAUGUGCAGCUCUUUGUGUUAUGUGGGACACAUCCAUACAAUAUAUAUACUACCUGUAUGGAACUGAGAGUGUCAUGUGGGCCACACCUCUGUGCCGAAUGGGCUGCAAGUGGGCUGCGGGGUGAGAACCACCGCUUUAGUCCACUCUUCAUAGAAUAUCUUUCCUCUAACAUAUCAGGUUUAAUUCUCUGUUGUUGUUUUGCAAGGGAAAUCUUUCUUCAGUUUUGUUGCUAUGGUGGUGGGGAAUACCACUAUAAAGCUUGGUUUAAUUUCCAGGGCGUUUUAAUUCCUAAGAUGAAAUUUUAUUAACAGUAAAAUACUUUAAGUGUAAUUUGAAGGGGACAGUUUCUUUGUCUUAAUUUCUUUGGCAUAUUUUCCUUCAUUGUAAGAAAACACAGCAUAAAUCUUUCUUCCAAAAUGGAGAUUUUAUUUUGUGUGUGGUACCAAAAAUACCAAUCACAAGAUAAUUUUUUUUUUUAACAAAACUAAUGGCAAUUUUCAUCUAUAGUGUUUUGUUGGCUGUAUUUCUAAGUGUAGUAGUUCUUUUGAUUUCAGUAUUGAGGUGCAUUUUAAUAGAUCAAACUAAACUGUAAAGGAAUAUCUUUUUCUCCUGUAUUAAGCUUUCACUGGUGGUGGUGAUAUAUUUCUGGUCUGCCUGUUGGCUCCCCUGCCCCAUUUCUUUUGUUUCUAUCAAGAGAUUGUGCCACAGGAAGAUUGACAAAUAAUCAGGAACAGCUGGAUACGUACUCUCUUAAGCCCCAACCUUGCAAAGACUUUUAAACUUUUAAAAGUAUAUAAAGUUAAGCAACCCAUGUGCUUAAGUUGUUGUAAGAUCAGGGACUUAGAUGGCAUCUUGUUUGCACUGUGCUUAACAUAAUGAGACUGGCCAAAACCCAUGAUUGUGGGGCCCCCCUUAUAGUUACUGCAAUACAAAUUGUUAAUACCAGAACUGUUUUCUUUGUGUACAGAAUUGAACAACGUUGUGAUAUGUGCAUGCCUUGGACAUGUUCCUUUCAGGCAGGUGGUAACAGAUGCUUAUGCCUCUGUCUGGUCAUUUGUGUGUUGUAUGUUGUCUGCAUGACAACAAAACGUUAUUUGGAUACUGAGCCAGGUGCCAGUCGAAAGGUUGCAAAAUGUGCAAGAGAAUCUACAGGAAGAAACAAAACAAUAGAGGGGUGGGGAGUGGCAGCCUGCUUAUGAAUGAAGUCAAAGGAUGGAAUUUGUAUAUAUUGGGAGACAAGCUGACAGCGUGCCUGCCUCGUGAAAGGAGAAUCACAGCCUAGCCUGUCUGUGAAAUGCUGCAGGACCUUUGGGCAAGGAUGUCGAGACAGGUGUAAAGCCGUUUUUAAGACUUCAGUAAAGGGUAACAGAUAACAUUAUCCCUUUGAAGCACACGGGGAGCAGCAUUUAUCAACUAUUCAGGGAUUCUUUUUCCUGCAACUUAGCUCUUAGCCUCCUGAAUGUGGUAACAAAAAUGAUAUAUGAACUUAGAAGCAGCACAGGAUUCAGAUACUUUUUGAUUUCACAUGAAGAAGGAACCUCAGAAGAGUCCAAUAACUGCAUCAGCAUUUUAUUAAUUUACUGAGCAAAUCCUUGGUAUUGUCCAUCUUGGAGGUCAUUUUGAGAUACAUAAUCUGGUAUUUAAGGUUGAAGGUUUCAGAUCAGAUGUGGAAAGAUGUUGGCUGUGGACACAGGAGUUGUGGAGGAGUGGUUAUCAGAGUUCAAGACCCUUCCAGAAGCUUCUAUCUCUAACUAUGCUACAAAUUUGAAAGACAAGAGUUCUCUGGUUUCAUCUUUAUACAAAGUUAUCCGGGAGCCACAGAGCGAGCUGCUAGAGCCAGUUUGCCACCAGCUUUUUGAGUUCUAUCGCAGUGGAGAGGAACGACUACUACGAUUCACCCUACAGUUUCUGCCAGAAUUGAUGUGGUGUUACCUGGCAGUCUCAGCCAGCAGAGAUCUGCAGAGCAGUGGCUGCAUAGAGGCUCUUCUCCUAGGAGUUUACAACUUGGAAAUAGUUGACAAACAGGGGCAUAGUAAAGUGCUGAGUUUCACAAUUCCAUCCUUGUCCAAACCUUCAGUGUAUCAUGAACCUUCCAGCAUUGGUUCCAUGGCUCUUACGGAGGGAGCUUUAUCCCAGCAUGGUUUGUCCAGAGUUGUGUACAGUGGACCUCAUCCUCAAAGAGAGAUGUUAACAGCACAGAACAGGUUUGAAGUGCUGACAUUCCUCCUGCUGUGUUAUAAUGCUGCCUUAAGCUACAUGCCUGCAGUUUCUCUUCAAUCAUUGUGUCAAAUUUGCUCAAGAAUCUGUGUCUGUGGAUUUCCUCGGCAACAAGUAAGAAAAUACAAAGGAGUAAAUAGCAGGAUUCCAGUUUCUUCUGAAUUCAUGGUGCAAAUGCUAACUGGGAUUUACUAUGCCUUUUAUAAUGGAGAAUGGGAUCUAGCUCGUAAAGCAAUGGAUGACAUUUUAUAUAGAGCUCAGCUGGAGUUGUAUCCAGAACCGCUGCUGGUUGCUAAUGCAAUAAAGGCCUCACUGCCUCAAGGUGCCAUGAAAUCUAGUAAAGAAGGUACAAGAUGCAUUCAGGUUGAAAUUACCCCCACUUCAUCUAGAAUAUCAAGAAAUGCUGUGACUAGUAUGUCCAUCAGGGGGCAUAGAUGGAAGAGACAUGAUAAUACUGAUCUAGCAAUUCCAGAAGAACUGAUAGAAGUAUCUGAGGUUGAUGAAGGGUUUUACUCUAGAGCUACUUCUAGCACAAGCCAAUCAGCGUUAUCAAACAGCAACAACACCAGCAACAAGAUCCUUUUAGGGAAGAGCCAACGAAGGUCUGGAGGAAGCAAAGUUGGGGGGAAAGAAAGAGAAGCUUCUGGGGAAUCCUGCAAAGAAGACUUUUCUCGAAAACAAACUCAGAGAGCCAUGAGUGAGAAUUUAGAUCUUCUGUCUUUAAAGAGACUGACAUUAACUACUAGCCAAUCCCUGCCUAAGCCUGGCAGUCAUAGUUUGGCUAGAACUACCACUACUGCUUUUAGUAAAUCCUUUGAGCAGGUCAGUGGUAUCACAGUUCCAAAUAACCGUAGUGGUGGAAAUGGUGCUGAAGCAAAUAGGUUUUCAGCAUGUAGUCUUCAAGAGGAAAAAUUGAUAUCUGGAGCAGAAAGAAUAGAUCUUCCCAUUUCAAACAAACAAUCAAAUCAGCAGCGACCUCCUAGCAUCAGCAUAACACUGUCAACAGAUUGAUGUCUGAUAAACUGCCUAGUAUGAAAAAGGAAUCUGAGAUUCUGUUGAUAGUGUUAUACACUGUGCUCCCCAUCUUCCCUUUGUAAAAUCUAACCCUCCAAAUUCUUGAUAUCAUUAGAGCUUGGCUUGCAUUUGACAGUGUGUCUAGAUUACAAUUUUUAACUAUUUUGCAUUGUUUCAACUGUUAUUAAUAGCCUAGAGGGUUUUUUUUUCCUUAGGUGAUUUGAUUUUACACUUACACUUCCUAUUAUUUACAUCCCCCUAUUGUUAACAAAUAUUGGCAGGCUCUGUUUAGCCAUGCUGGCAGAAUGUGUCUGUGUGUUUGUAAAAUAUAGACUGCAGAGCAAAGGGAUCCUCUUUCUCAGGAUGUAGCUUUUAGAAAACUUCAGUCACUGAUUCAAAGUAGUUACUUAUUAGAAGGGGUUUGUGACUCAAGAAUGAAAUUUUGGGUGACAUUGCAAUAGGUCCAUACAAUAAAAUCACAGCAUUGCAGACCAUGCCAGAGAAAAUGUGUUAAUGUGAGAGAUGUACUUUUUAUAGGCCUUCAGCUAGAAAUACCAAUUCAGUGUUCCAUGUUAGAUGGAAACUUUCAUAACAAUGGGAAAUCUUGGCAUGUACCUGACUUAAUUCACAAACUCCAAUAUGUUUGCCCACCACGUGAGUUGCAUAUUCCUGUAAGUAUAUGGGUAUAUGCAAACUGAGUUUUGUGUACAAUAGGUCUCUCUAAACAUUUGGUUGAAAACUUGGCUUCAAAAGUCAUACAAUGGCAGAUCAAACUUCUGCUGGUGACAGGAGUUUUCUGUGAUGAAAAUUCCAUAAUACUCAGAAAAGUGACUAAAAUAGCACUGGUUGGAUUCUGUGUUUGAUUCUGAGUUACCAAAUAUGCUCAGUUCAAAAGAAAAAAAAAAUUCCCACCAGUCCUGUUAACUUAAAGUGGAGUCUAGAAGGGAAGUCUUUUUUUUUAUUCUUUCUGGUUCACGCUUUCACUGGCAACAAAUAUUCUUAAAUUGGAACUCUGUGAUCAAUUCUGAUGAGUGAGCUAGAAAAGCUUCUUGCUGUUUCCCCUAGCUGCAUUGACUGUAAUACCAGUCUGUUUAGUCACAUUUUUUUACUCAUAACCACAUUUGAAGAUCCAGGAUAGUCAGACUGCUGGGGAAAAGAGACAGUAAAUAGAUUUUUCUUUCAAUUUCUUCUGUGGUGCAGAGGGAUGCAGAAUUACAAAGGAGCAAGUCCUCCUCCCAAGCUGCCCUCCUGCCCACUCCGAGCCACUGUGUUCUGUCAGAACAUGCAGUGACUUUGGUUCCUUAUCUAAGUCAUCAGAAGUAGGCACAAAGCUACUAAUUAGAAAGUCAUUACGGCAUUUUUCAUCACUUUGGAAAAUGUGUUCAUAAUUACAGUAUCAAUAUGUUCAUGCUGAUUUUGACACCUGUUGUAUUGAAUCAAGCACAUCAUUUUAAUGGAAUAAUGUGUUUAAAGAUAAGGCUUGUUCUUGAAUGAGACUAGGAGACUGUUACAAAAGGACAUGUACAAAUUAAGAAUCUUGCAAGCACAAAGAGAAAUUGUACUGUAACUGAUUUAUAACUAAUUUCAUUUAUGUUGUAACUUAAUGUUGUAACUUUCAUUUAUGUUGUAACAUGUAAGUCAUGUCAUUACUUUGCUAGUUUGAAACUACAACAUAUCAACAUUCUUUAUGGUUACUAUAGCAGUUUUUAAAAAAAAUCUUAUUAGCUGAGAUUAUAGCUUUAACAAUGCUUAUUGAUUGCAAGCUACACACAAAUGGGGAGAAGAGAAGCUGGCAAUAACCAUUCCUUGAGAAGUGAAGGAGUGCUUUACAUAGUAUAACUGUGUGGUCUUUUCGCAGGGGAAGUGGAGAAAGUAAAAUAGAGGUCUAAUGUAUAUCCAUUUGUGAGUAUUUUGAUCUCUGUGGCGAGGUUCCUUUUUAUAAGCCAAAAAUGUCAAAGGACCUCAUGACACAGAGCCAGGACUAACACUUUUUUAGAUUUUCCCUCGUUGAGUUUUGCCCUGAUAUCCAUUCUUGAUUUGACUGAAAACUAAAGCACAAAUAAAUGUAAACAAGCUCUCAUUGUACAUUGUCUGCAGCCUCUUAAUCACCUUUCAGAAUGGGGUGACAGUGCUGUGCUAAGUUUUGUUAAUUUCCAGCCAUUUCAUAAUGAUAGCAUCCAAACCACAGGCAGUGGAAGAGUAUUGGGGAACUGGUAAAAGGUAUUACUAGGUAAUGUCUACAUAAUAGAUAUUAUGCAUUUAACAUAACUUGAAAUUCCUCCUGGGAGGCCAAGAAGGGAUGUCCACUAGAGUUUCGCACAAGAUCCUUUCCUAGCUCUCACUGAGUAGAACACACAGCCUUCCUCUGAUUUCCUAGCUGUAGGGGAAUACAAUUUUAAAAUUCUUUUACUUGAACUAUACCUUUAAGUUGACUUAUAACUUAUCGAUUUAAACUGUAAUUCCAGCAAACUUUUUAUCAUGACAGUAUUAAGCAUCGAUUAGCUUUAAGAAAUUAGUAUUUUAAGUCAUUUCUUUUCUAGAGAAAUUGUGAUUUAUUUAUUUUUUUAAUUGUUUCCAUAGUAGUUAAACCCCUUUUGAAUUCAAUAGUGGUAGAAAAGAUUUUUCUGUACUGGAAGAUCCAGCCAUUUAAGUUUGCAGCUACAGAGUAACAGAAUGAACUGUCUUUUUUAGAGGUGUAUUUAAAAUGCCAGGGAUACAAAUGAGUAACUUUAAUGUUUACAAAGCUGCCACUUGACUGUUCUCCAAACUACAGAUCAGAUGGUAUUUUUUAAAAGGGUAAACUGGUUUUAUCUUGCACGUUUAAUCAUUCUAACUUUGGCUGUUGGUUUUAUUUCUUCCUGGGCUUAAAUAAAUGUUAAAACAAAAUGAUAAAACCGACAUUCCUCUUAUACAAUAGAAUUUAUAUGAGGUUUUAUGGUUUUCAAGUAAAUGUGAUUUUAAAUGGCAGAUUUCUUAAUACUAAAGGGCUACUGCUUCUACUUACACAUGCAGCUUUAUGUACAUAAGUCUUUAUAAGCCUAUCUAUAUGGUUGGUUCAUUGAGUUCAUUUUUUGUAACUGCCACAACCUAGGUCUUGUCAAUACUGAAAUUUUACUCUAACAACCUUUUUAUAACCAUAAGUAUUUAAACUUAUAACUAUUAUUUAAACAAUUGCAGGAAAGUUUUAGGAGUAAGUAUGUUUAGUUUCGUGUCUUAGACUGUCCAAAUACCCAUCAAGACGUCUGCUUGGACACAGUGUUAUAUAGUGAAUCUCGAGAGUUUUUAAAUUUUAUAUUAAUCACGUUUGCAUUGAGAAUGGUUUUUUUUCUUUUUUUAAAGUAAAUGUUGUUGUAGUCUUAAGAAAUUACAUCUUACAUUGUACAAUGGUAGUUAAUUUUGAAUGAAUACAUUUCAGGGGUUACCACCAUUUAAUACACCUCUACCCCAAUAUAACGCUGUCUUACUGUGUUAUAGGUGAAACUGCAUUAUACUGAACUUGCUUU